AAGCCCAGGAGGAGAAAAGGGUUCCAAGGAGCCCAGCUCCAGGGGGCUCCAAGGGGCCCAGGUGCUGGUGGAGAUCCGUCCCAUGGUGGCAAGUGCAAAAUUGAAAAUGGCUUCCCCAGAACCUAAGGGCCUUGUCGCCUUCACCAAGGAAUCUCUUGAACUUAUGGAACAGCGUAUUGCUAAAAAACACAAUGAAGAACAUGGAGAAGAAGAUUUAAAGCCAAACCCUGACUUGGAAGUUGGAAAAGAGCUUCCAUUCGUUUACGGAAAUCUUCCUCGAGGGAUGGUGUCAGAGCCAUUGGAAGAUGUGGACCCAUACUACCAGAAUCAAAAUACUUUCAUGGUAUUAAAUAAAAAGAGAACAAUUUUCAGAUUUAAUGCCACCUGGUGUACACUCUCGCCUUUCAAUUUAAUUAGAAGAACAGCUGUGAAGAUUUUGGUGCACCCAUUUUUUCGACUGUUUAUUUUGAUUAGUGUCCUGAUUGACUGCGUAUUUAUGUCCAUGACUAAUUUGCCAAAAUGGGGGCCAGAAUUACAGAUCACUUUGCUUGCAAUUUACACAUUUGAAAUACUUGUAAAACUCGUUGCAAGAGGCAUCUGGACAGGAUCUUAUUAUUUCUUUGGUGAUCCAUGGAACUGGCUUGACUUCAGUGUAACUUUGUUUGAGCAUAUAACAAUAUAUUCACCUCUGAACUUCAUACUAAUAUUUAGAAUUGCAAGAAGUUUGAGAAUUUUGAAAAUUAUUCCUUUAAACCAAGGUGUGAAGUCUUAUGUAGGGACCCUGCUCCAAUGCGUGAAGAAACUUACUGGUGUCAUUAUCCUUACUCUGUUUUUUCUGAGCGUAUUUUCUCUAAUUGGGAUGGGGCUCUUCAUGGGCAACCUAAAGCAUAAAUGUCUCCGAUGGCCCCAAGAAAAUGAAACUGAAACCCUGCACAACAGAACCAGAAACCCAGGUUACAUUCGAGAAACAGAAAACUUCUAUUAUUUGGAAGGAGAAAGAUAUGCUCUCCUUUGUGGCAACAGAACAGAUGCCGGUCAGUGUCCUGAAGGAUAUGUGUGUGUAAAAGCUGGCAUAAAUCCUGAUAAUGGCUACACAAAUUUUGACAAUUUCGGCUGGGCCUUACUAGCCCUAUUCCGGUUAAUGACACAGGAUUUCCCUGAAGCCCUGUAUCACCAGGUCCUUUAUGCUUCUGGAAAGGUCUACAUGAUAUUUUUUAUUGUAAUAAGCUUUUGGUUUGCCUUUUAUAUGGCAAGCUUGUUCUUGGGCAUACUUGCUAUGUCCUAUGAAGAAGAAAAGCAGACAGCUACUGAGAAAGCCAAGAAGAUGGAUCCAAAAUUUCAGCACACUUUACUUCAAGAAGAAAAUGAAGCAGCUGAGACCAAGACCACACAAAUAGAAAUGAAGAAAAGAUUACCAGUUUCUACACUUGCUCCUUUGGAUGUGUUGGAUGCUGCUGCUGUCAGUCAUGAAGAACAUAAAAAUUCUCAGAAGAGAUGCCCAUUGUGUUGGUAUAAAUUUGCUAAAAUUUUCUUGAUCUGGAAUUGUUCUCCCUGUUGGGUAAAACUGAAAGAGUUUCUCCAUGUGAUUAUGAUGCACCCAUUUACUGAUCUUUUUCUCACUAUGUGCAUAAUUCUAAACAUAUAUUUUUUGGCCAUGGAAUAUUAUCCAAUGAGUGAGGAAAUCUUCAGUGUUCUCAGCGUUGGAAACCUGGUUUUUAUUGGAAUUUUUACAACAGAAAUGAUUUUUAAGAUAAUUGCUAUGCACCCAUAUGGGUAUUUCCAAGUAGGUUGGAACAUUUACGACAGCCUAAUUGUGCUCCAUGGUUUAGCAGAACUUUUUCUAGCAAGUGUUCAUGGACUGGCUGUUCUUCAAUCACUCAGGGUGUUAAGAAUUUUCAAGCUGGGGAAAUACUGGCCGACAUUUAAGAUUCUGCUGCUGACUCUUACGAAGUCAUUGGUGGCCCUGAAAGACUUGAUCCUGCUGUUGUUCACGUUCAUGUUCUUUUCUGCUAUUGUUGGCAUGAGGCUGUUUGGUUUGAGAUACCAAGAAUAUGCCUGCAAAUUAGACAAAGACUGUCAACUCCCACGCUGGCACAUGAUCAACUUCUUCCACUCCUACCUGAAUGUGUUCCGGAUUCUCUGUGGAGAGUGGAUAGAGACUUUAUGGGAUUGCUUUGACAUAGCAAGCCGAUUCAGCUGUAUUCCUUUUUAUAUGAUGGUCAUUUUAAUUGGAAACUUAUUGAUACUUUACCUGUUUCUGGCAUUGGUGAGCUUCUUCAGUUCAUACAAUGCUGCAACGGCUGAAGAGAAUGAUGAAGCCAAAAAUCUCUGGCGUGCCCUGGCAAGGAUUAAGAAAGGAGUAAGCUAUGUGCUUUCUAAAAUACUAUGUAAAAGACUAGAUGGUCCCAAGGACACAAUGGACCAUGAAAACAAUCCUCGUGCUAAAGAGAACAUUUCUGACCAUACUCUUUCUGAAUUGAGCAACACCCAAGAUUUCAAGGUCAAGGAAAGAAGCACUAGCACAGACAAAAACACAAUGACUGAAAAUGAGAGUCAAUCACUUAUCCCCAGUCCUAGUGUCUCUGAAACUGUACCAAUUGCUUCUGGAGAAUCUGAUAUAGAAAAUCUGGAUAACAAGGAGAUUCAGAGCAAGUCAGGUUAUGGCAGCAGCAAAGAGAAGGUAAAGCCAUCUAGCUCAUCUGAAUGCAGCACAGUUGAUAUUGCUCUCUCUGAAGAAGAAGAAAUGAUCUAUGAACAUGAAAAGCCAAAGCACCAUAAAAACAGUUAUGAACGAAGAUCUUCACCAGGUCAAAUCAGUAGAGACUCUAAAAGAGGAAAAAUUUGGCGAAACAUAAGGAAAACCUGCUGCAAGAUAGUAGAAAACAGUUUUUUUAAGUGUUUCAUUGGCCUUGUCACUUUGCUCAGCACAGGUGCUCUGGCUUUUGAAGAUAUAUAUAUCGAUCAAAGAAAGACCAUUAAAAUCUUACUAGAAUAUGCUGACAUGAUCUUCACUUACAUCUUUAUCCUGGAAAUGCUUCUAAAGUGGAUGGCAUAUGGUCUUAAAGCCUAUUUCACUAAUGGCUGGUACAGGCUAGACUUCAUGGUUGUUAUUGUAUUUUGUCUUAACUUAAUCGGCAAAUCUCGGGAAGAGCUAAAGCUACUGGCUUCCAUUAAAUUCCUUCGGGCACUUAGAGUUCUAUCUCAAUUUGAAAGAAUGAAGGUGGUUGUGAGAGCUUUGAUAAAAACAACUUUACCUGCUUUGAAUGUGUUUUUGGUCUGCCUUAUGAUUUGGCUGGCUUUUAGCAUCAUGGGAGUAUGCUUAUUUGCUGGCAAGUUCUAUCAGUGCAUUGACCCAACAAGUGGAGAAAGGUUUCCUACAUAUGAAGUCAGGAAUAAGAAUCACUGUGAAAGUCUUAUACUCAAUGAGUCCAUGCCAUGGGAGAAUGCAAAGCUGAACUUUGAUAAUGUUGGAAAUGGUUUUCUUUCAUUGCUUCAAGUAGCAACAUUUAAUGGAUGGAUCUCUAUUAUGAAUUCAGCUGUUGAUUCUACUGGUGUAGAUAUGCAGCCUGAGUUUGAAAAGAACAUCUACAUGUAUUGUUACUUUCUGGUCUUUAUUGUCAUUGGAUUAUUCCUCCCUCUAACUAUGCUGAUCGGUGUUAUCCUUGCUAAUUUCAACAAGCAUAAAAUAAAGCAAGGAGGCUCAAAUAUCUUUAUAACAGAAAAACAGAAGAAACAAUAUUGUGCACUGAAGAAGCUGAUGUGUGAAAACUCGCAAAAAAUAAUACCUCGCCCAGGAAACAAGUUCCAAAGAUUCAUCUUUGACUUGGUAACAAGUCAAGUUUUUAAUAUUGUCAUUAUGGUUCUUAUCUGUCUCCAAGCAAUAACCAUUAUGAUAGAAAGUGACGGACAGAGUUCACAAAUGGACACUGCUCUCAUCUGGAUUAACCUAGUUUUUGUUAUGCUGUAUACUGGAGAAUGUGUGCUGAAGCUCAUUGCUUUCCACUGUGACUAUUUCACCAGUGGAUGGAACAUUUUUGAUUUUAUGGUGGUCGUUCUCUCUAUCACAGGACUACUUCUGCCUCUGAUGGUAGGGUACUACUUUGUAUCCCCUUCCCUUGUGCAACUGAUACUCCUCUCUCGAAUCAUCCACGUCCUGCGUCCUGGGAAGGGCCCGAAGGUGUUCCAUGACCUGCUGCUUCCUUUGGUGCUCUUCCUCCCAGCGCUGUUGAACAUCAGUCUUCUCAUCUUCCUGGUCAUGUUCGUCUAUGCCAUCUUUGGAAUGUACAAUUUUGCCUAUGUUAAAAAGGAAGCUGGAAUUAAUGAUGUGUCCAACUUUGAAACCUUUGGCAGCAGCAUGCUCUGUCUUUUCCAGGUUACAAUAUUUGCUGGUUGGGAUGGGAUGCUCGAUGCAAUUUUUAACAGUAAGUGGUCAGACUGUGAUCCUGAUAAAAUUAACCCUGGGACCCAGGUUAGAGGAGAUUGUGGUAACCCCAUCGUUGGAAUUAUUUAUUUUGUCAGUUACAUCCUCAUAUCAUGGCUGAUCAUUGUAAACAUGUACAUUGUUCUUGUUAUGGAGUUUGUAAAUAUUGCUUCUAAAAAAAGAGCCAAGACGUUGAGUGAAUAUGAUUUUAGGAAAUACUUUCAGGUGUGGAAGAGGUUUGAUCCUGAUGGGACCCAGUAUAUAGACUCUAGCAAGCUUUCAGAUUUUGCAGCUGCUCUGGAUCCUCCUCUUUACAUGGCAAAACCAAACAAGGGCCAGCUUGUCGCCAUGGAUCUUCCAAUGGCUGUUGGGGACAGAAUUCACUGCCUUGACAUCUUACUUGCUUUUACAAAGCGAGUUGUGGGUAAAGAUGUGAGGAUAGAGAAACUUCUUUCUGAGAUGGAAUCAGGGUUUGUGUUAGCCAACCCUUUUAAGAUCACAUAUGAGCCAAUUACAACUACUCUGAAACGCAAACAGGAGGCAGUUUCAGCAACCAUCAUUCAGCGUGCUUACAAAAGUUACCGUUUGAGGCAAAGUGACAAAAAUACAUCAGAUAUUCAUAUGAUAGAUGAUGACAGGGAAGUUCAAGCUACCAAAGAAGAUGCUUAAUUUGAUAAAACUUAGGAAAAGUCACCUAUUCAAGGCCAGAUCUAAUUCCACUUACAACCUUUUCACUUUCUUCACAUAUCUCAAAAAUGUUAAAAGUUUAAGUCAGAAAUAAAAGAUUAGAGAAAUUAAAGAUUUCAAUCAUUGAUUGUUUACAACUCACGGAGGUUAAGCUUGUUUUCACAAGACUCCAUGUAAAAUUCACUUUUUUAUCCCUCCAUACUCAGUGUAACCAAGACAGCCCUUUAAAUCACUGCAGUGAGUUAAAGUGGUUAAACUUGCCAAUUGGUAAUCCACCGCUUGGUUUCUCUCUAUGAUUUAUGUAGUGUGUGCUGCUUCUGGAGCUGGGGUGGUGGUGGUAGAGAUUAGUAGCAAAAGGGCCUUCCUUGUGUAUUUUGUCUACUUUAACUUGAUGGGAUUCAAGACCCUCUUUUUUUAAUGUAGGAUGGUGUUUAAAAGCCGUACAAUGCUACAGGCCAUUAAAGCAUGAACUUGCCUACACAGAUGCCAAUUGGGGGACAAGGGCAGUUCUUAGAAAGUGCCUUUGAGAUUAAUCACAGAGACCUUAGGCCAAAGCAAACCACAUUUGAAAAAGAUUGAUUAGAGCCCUAUUUUAGUUUUGGUAUGGGGAAGGGGAAUUAAUGUUGUUUCAUUGUUCUUGGAUUCCUGGUUUCUCAUCUCUGGCUAGUUCCACCUAAGCUCAGCUCUUCAACAGAAUGGAUUCUUAAGUAAAAAAAAAAUAAAGGGAACACAGUGAUGAGCUAUGGUUUUCUCAUUUACAUUUUUUAAAAGUACACAUGUACUAAAAUGAUAUCAUAGACAAUAUGUUAGUAGACUCAAGUCUUACCUUAUCAUAGGACUGAUGUAUUUUUACCAUUUAUCUAUAAUGUAACAUUGAGUAUAUAAUAUCUGGCAGAUGUAUAUGAUAAUAUGAAUUAGAAGAGUCAAGGGCUACCAUUGUGUCCAGGGAUUUUCACAGUGUCUUGAUUGUUAGUUGGGAAACUGGCCAAUUUGAAAUACGUUUUGCUCUACUUUAUGGUUCUUCAUAACUUAGAGAAAGAAAAUGAUCACUGAAGCUGUGAGAACUCUGAAUUAGGAGAUCAAAGUGUAAGUUUGUUGUUGGUGGGGUUUUAUAACAUUAAUGUAUGCAAGUUAGUUUUCACUUACUCAUUUAUCUUUCCAAGUUCUUUGUUGUUUCUAUCUCGUCAUAUACAUAAUUACUCUGGAAAAUGUUUUAUGUCUGAAAAUAUUUUAAAUCCUGAACGUUAAUUUUCAGUAUUGAAAUUAUUUUUAAAAGGCACAAAGUUGUUUUUUGACAUAUUCAUAAAAAUGCAGCCACAUCCAGGUAGUUUGAGGUUCUGAAAUGUAUUCCUUUUGUAUGAAGAUUGCUUUCAAUGUGCCUAUCAAGUCCUAAAGGAUUCAAAAAGAAAAUAGGUAUACUGUUGAUUUAAACGACAAGCUUUCAAUAUGUUCUAUGACAUUCAAUGCCAUUUAAAUAUCAGUAAUUGUAUUUUAUUAUGAAUGCAUGAUCUUGAGCCUUAACUAUUAUAAUCUAUUUUUGCUCCUCAGAAGUGUAUUAACCUGACCAAGAUGCCUUUGGGAAAUCCAAUCCCCUAAGCAAAUGUAACUUCAGGGUUCUGUUUCUAUGUGUUCCUUCCCUUUCUCCUCCCGUUCUCCACUGUGUAUGUGAUGGGGACCAUGAGGAAUCAGUGUUAACUUGGUGACAUGAUGACAGCUGGUACUUUAUCUAAGCUUACCAGUUUUCUAUAUCUUGGAAAUGCUUUAAUGUGGAAACUGCUUCAGAUAUUUAAACUGAAUCUUACCUUGCUUCUGUAAAUUCUAUAAAGACCACACACUGAUUUUAGUUUGAAAAUUUUCUUUUACUUAUACACUGUGUUUGACAAUAACCUACCAAACUUGUAUAAAGAAUUAUUUUUAACAAAGUCAUGCAAUAUAUUCUACUUUU